UGAGCUUGCAGGGACAGGAGAAGAUUUGCAGCACAGCGCGAAACAGAGCCAGGUGCUGCUGCCAGCAAUUUCUUGUACUGAUCGCUGCCAUGGCCGCCGAGAAAGGGGAUUUGGACCUGAAUGGAGCAAAACAGAAUACCGGAAUGUGGCUUGUCAAGCUCCCAAAGUACUUGGCCCAGCAGUGGGCAAAAGCAACCGGCAGAGGAGAAGUUGGAAAGCUGAGAAUUGUUAAAAAUCAAGGAAAAACAGAGGUGUCCUUUACCCUUAAUGAAGAACUUGCAAGCAUUCAGGAUAUUGGAGGAAAGCCAGCAUCAUCCUUAGUCACUGCACCCAGGGAACAUCCGUUUCUGCUACAGUCUGUGGGGGGACAAACUCUCACAGUGUUUACUGAAAGCUUAUCAGGUCAAUCUGAUGACAAAUCUGAAAACCGGGUUAUAGAUAAACUUGCUUUGGAGGGUAUUGUGGUGCAUCGUGCUGAGUGUAGACCAGCUGCUAGUGAAAACUACAUGCAAAUGAAGAGAAAACAGAUUGAAGAAUCUUCCAAACCAAAGAGGCAAUCACAACAGAUAGAAAAGGCAGUAACGACAAACUACAGACCAGUGUCAAACCAUCAGUACAAUAUUGAGUACGAGAAGAAGAAAAAGGAUGACGGCAAGCGAGCCCGAGCAGAUAAGCACCAGGUUUUGGAUAUGUUGUUCUCUGCAUUUGAAAAACACCAGUACUACAACAUUAAGGAUCUCGUGGACAUUACCAAGCAACCCGUGAGUUAUCUAAAAGAAAUUCUGAGAGACAUUGGAAUUUACAACAUGAAAGGAACUCACAAGAACACAUGGGAGCUUAAGCCGGAAUACAGACAUUAUCAGGGAGAAGACAAGAGCGACUAGAAAACGCCAGAGCCACCGUACAACAACAGGGAGGAGCCAUGCAUCACAAUUCCACUCACCUUGCACCGCUGGAAUAAUACUUCUCUGUGAGCUGUGUGUCAGUACAGUCGGCAGGGGAUGUCCUGUAUUAUUUAGUCCAGGGAUGUCCAACCUGCAGUCCUAAAAUAGUUGCUGAGACUGCUGGUAACUGUAAUUCAUAAGUUGAAGUAUUAUAUUUUAUUAAUUUCAAGCAUAGUCCUAUUGGGGCUAAUCCUCUGGCAUUUGUACUCACACUUAGCAGGAGGUUUGUUCCAAACAACCAUGUGUGUCUGUCAUUUGCCCAAAAUUUAACAUAUAAGUCCGGGCAUUUAAUGUCUAUAUUAGAUAUAUCUAUAUAUAGAUAUAUAUAGAUAUAAUAUAGUCUAUAAAGAGGCCAGCACCACCCCCACACACCACAGUGAGCAGCAGCCUAACCCCAGUGUGACCAGCACACAGCUCUAGGUACAAAUGCCUGCGUGUUUAAUGCAUCCUUAAGGAUAAUUUUACAGAGUCUCACUUGAGCUGGAAAAAUAAAACCUUAUGUAUAUUUUCCCCUGGAAUCAGUGUAAAUUCCACUGGAUUUUGUUAGGCAAGUCUUUAUUCAGCCUUCAAAAAGUAUAUUUUCAUGUUAACCUUCUUUAAACUAAAGCUGGUUUUCAUUAUCUCUGAUUGAUUAUUUUUUGUACUCCAGUUUUGUGUGCUCUACAUUUUUAUAACACUGGUUCUUAAUAAAAAAAAAAAA